AUGAAGAGGCAGGCCGGGAGGGAGGCGAGUCCGUCCAGGGCCGCCGCCAAGCGGAUCCGGGAGCGGGAGCGGGAGAGUGCACGGAGGGAGGAGCUGCCGCCGCCGCCGCUGGCUCUGCUGCUGGCGGAGAGCCGGGGCUACCACCGCCGGAGCCGGAGCAGGGAGCGCGAGAAGCCGCGGCUCCGGGAGGAGCGGGCGGCCGCCCUGGAGCUCCACCACCGGCAUGAGCUCAGCCUUCUCGGCCGCCCGCCGCUCCGCACCACCGCGGUGGAGCUCCCCGCUGCCCGCCCGGGCACCCUGGAGUACAAAACGCUGCUCAUCAGCAACCUAGGCUCGCAGGUGUCGGACGAGGACGUGGAGGACGCGCUGUUUCACGAGUUCAAAAAGUUCGGGGACGUCAGCGUGAAGCUGUCGCACACGCCGGAGCUGGGCCGGAUCGCUUACGUUAAUUUCCGGCACCCGGAGGACGCCAAAGAGGCCAGGCACGCCAAAUCCUCCAGGUUAGUUUUGGGUGACCGGCAGCUUAAAAUUGAACCCAUGUACGUGAGGAGGCGGAGCGUCACGCCGCCAGAUACGGGGUAUCUGCCUCUGCACGCACCGUACCCGUACAGACAACGCUCCCUGUCCCCGCCCGGUCCCGGUGUGAGUAACAUUAGAGACAUCAGAGCCAGACACUACGCUCUGGAGACCCUGGGGCUCAGCAGAGAGAGGGAGAGACUUCUGGAUUAUUAUGGCAUGCUAGAUGAGAGGGGCCGGCCCUACGGCUUCCCUCCCAUGCCAGUGGUGGAGGAUUUAAAACCGGAGGAUGAUCAGAGGGCCACCAGCAACCUUUUUAUUGGCAAUCUGGAUGGUAAUGUUACAGAGGCAGAACUGAGGAGGGGCUUUGACAAGUAUGGCAUCAUUGAGGAUGUUGUGAUUAAACGCCCGGCUCGUGGACAGGGUGGGGCGUACGCUUUUGUGAAGUUUCAGAACCUAGACAUGGCCCACCGUGCCAAAGUGGCCAUGCAGGGUCGACUCAUGGGUGGAAAUCCAAUAAAGAUCGGUUAUGGUAAAGCUAACCCCACCACAAGGCUAUGGGUGGGUGGUCUCGGGCCUGGAAACUCCCUGGCAGCCCUGGCCCGGGAGUUCGACCGAUUUGGGAGUAUAAGGAACAUCGACUAUGUGAAGGGGGACAGCUUUGCUUACAUCCAGUAUGAGAGUUUGGACGCCGCCCAAGCCGCCUGCACCCAGAUGAGAGGGUUUCCUUUGGGUGGCCCCGAGCGGCGCCUGAGGGUGGACUUUGCUAAAGUUGAGGAGAGCCCCUCUCGGCCGUUUCCUCCUGGUUACCAGCCCCCCGUGGCAGCCCCCUCCCACUACGACCUCCUUGGGGAGGCCUACAGCCGCCAUCGCAGCCUGGAGCGGGAGCUGAGGGGAGCCAGGGAGCGCUCGCCGCCGCUCUCCCACAGCCUCCUCUCGCAGAGGGAGAGAGAGCGGGCCCUGCUGGAGAGAGAAUACCCCACCAGCCCCACCCGGAGCCUGGAGAGGAGGGCGGGAGGAGUGGUGGAAGCAUUUGGGAGGAGCGGGAGAGGAGCGAGGAGUCGCAGCAGGAGCAGGGAGCGGUGGCUGAAGGAGCGGGAGGAGAGGCGGAACCGGAGGAGGAGCAGGAGUCUGUCUGCUGACCGGGUGACAGAGGACAGGGAGAAAGAGAGGGAGAAGGAGAGGGGGAGGUCGAGGGUUCGAGGUCUGGGAGGUGCCGUCUCUCCUGAUGCGAGCCCAGACCGAGCCCGGGUUCGAGCCCCCGACUCCACCACAGAGCCGAGAGACCAUUCCCCUGAAAAUGGCGGAGGGGGGCGACACCCUGCCAUCAACGAAGAUGAUCCACCACCUGGCCGCCACCACAGCAAGCGUUCCGCCGAGCACCUCAACAACCACCACCACCGGAACAGCGAGGUCAUCGCCGCCGUCUCCCCUGCGAUCCACACGGACACGCACACCUCCUCCUCCCCCAGCUCGCUGUCAGAGUUCGCCCAGGCCUCGCUCUCCAAGUCGUGGCACGGCUUCUUCGCGCUGAAGAACAGCAGUUUCCCCACGGACCUGUACAUGCUGGAGGGCGGAACAUCGUUCUUCAACACGGUGAUGAAGGACACACUGAAGCUGCAGAGCCAGAACCAGCCCAGCCAGCUGAAGAUCGCCCAGCGGCUCCGCAUGGACCAGACCCGCCUCGACGAGGUGUCCCGCCGCAUUAAACUUGGCCGGCCUGAUGGGUUCGCCAUCCUACUGGCUCUCCAGGGCCCCAUCGAUCGCCAGGCCCCCGCCCCUGAGCCAGGCCUGCAGGCACGCCUGCUGCGCCACCUUGUGACGUACCUGCGCAACAAGGAGGCGGCCGGCGUGGUCAGCCUGCCCGCUGCAAAAGAGGGCGGGCCCGGGGCGAUGCUGUACGCCUUCCCUCCUGGAGUGUUCUCACAACAGUACCUGCAGGCCGCCAAAAGGACUGUGGGUAACCUGGACGAGGAGCACAUGGUUAUUGUGAUUGUCACUGACACUAAUUGAUACAUAAAAGACUCUAAAAGGCAUGCACACACGGAGCUCAACUACAAAUACUUCCAUGUUGUUUUUAAAAAGAUGCAUUUUGUUGUUUUAUCCAGUAUCUUAUAAAUGAAACACAACAGAGUACACUACAUCUCUUUUACCCUCUGGUGAUUUCUCAUCAUGAACUGCCGGGAAAUAAAUUAAAUGUCCUGUAAUGAAAAACACUUAAAGAUUUUAAUGUAUAGCCUGCUACUCGUGCAGGCAGCACUGUUUCUUUUAUACUCUAAGCUGUAACAUUAUUAUUACACUAAAUCUGAAGGGUUUGUUGAUAUGCUCGUUUACUUUAUUUGUUUUCCUUUUAUCAGACGUUGUUCUGUAUAUCCAAUACAUGUGGGGCAACGAGGUUUUAUACAAAGUGAUUGUACUGUAAACUGAAUGGAAAAGUGAUGCCAGCGGAGCCUGGUUCGUCUCUACUGGCUUCGACUUGCAGGUUGAGACUGUUGUGACGUGUUCCUCUUUUUGUCUGAAGCACCGGCCGGUAGAGACAGCGACCCGUCCCUGUGACUGUAUAUUUUACAUAGAUAGUGUUUUAUCAAUUGAACCAUUCCAGUUUUCUUCCAUUUUGAAAGUUGUGAGCGUGUUUGGUCUAUUGUUGCAUGCAGGAAAAGGAAAAAAAACUUUAUAUUUUGUCUGUCUUUCAGUGAGCUGUUUGCUGGAGAAAAGCUGUCCUACUGGUGCAAGGUCUGAUUAUAUUACUGGUUCUGAUUUUAUAUUGUAUACUGACUUUUAUUCAAUUUUAAUACACCAAUCCAUCCAUCUGUUAUCCAUCCACGCUGCUUUCUCUUUUUGUCUUCCAUCACUGCAGCCUCAGUAUAGUCUUUACUGUGUCUCGUAACACGAACAUCAUUUCAAGGUGGUCAAACUAAACUCUAAACACAGUUUAUAACACGCUUGUCUAAACUCUUUCAACCGCUAAUCGACUGGCAGUUAAACUCAGAUUUAAUUCCUUAAAAACACUUAAGGAUCCAGGAAAUUCAACCCCGGUCUCAGUAAAACAAUUUAUUCAUUAAUCAAAGGAGAAUUACAAAACAAAUACAUUAAUUCUGAUGUCAAACUUAAUAAAAAUGAACUUAUCUGAGACAUUAACUGACCAUAGGUGUAGCCUAGGACAGGAUCAAACAUUUCCAACUUUAAUCCAAAAUUCAGCAUUAAUACAGAAUAAAAAAAAUAUACAGAUUGCUAUUUAAAUAAAGAUAAUUACUCAGGAUAUCAAUAUAUUCUCUCUGUCUUUACAUUAAUAUUACACUCUAAAGCCAAGUGUUAAUUAUUCUGAAAAUAACACAAACAUGUUCACAUUGCAAAUAUCAAAGGUGAAAUAUAAUUUCUGUAUUAUCAGGUUUUGAAUGGUAACAAUUAAAACUUAAACACGAGGCAGAGAGCUACACAUGCAGUUUAAUUUGAAUAAAUUUGAAUUUGAAUAAAUCGUGUUUUUUGCGAAAACAGAUGAAUUCAGAAGUUUUAAAUAAUUGCAUCAACUUUGAAAUCCCCUAAUAACUCUUUAAUUAGCUCAGAAAUGAACAACACAUGCAGUGUUGCAAAAAAAUGUGUAUGUCAUAAUUAUGUAACCGAAGUGGCAAACUUUUUUUUUUCAAUGUUCAGUGAAUAUUUGUGCCAAGACAAUAUUUAUAUAGGCAAAAGCACAUUUUCCCACCCAGAUGAUAAUGAAUGAGAGGGGAAAAAACUGGACGAAUCUUCCGCAGCCGUAGACUUUAACUGUUGUUGUGAAAAUGAGCAUUGUUGUUGUUUGACGGCUUGUUGCAACAGAAACUUGGGUGUUCAGCAGAUCUUGACCUGCAACAGUUUGUGUUUUAUCCCGCGUGUGUUGCUUUGUUGCUCAAACCUCAUGAGCUUCUGUCGUGCAUAGAGAAGAUGUGUGAUCCUGUAAUCCGAGUGCUUCUGGUUCUGGUUGGCUCCGUGCUGACUUCAUGUUUACUCCGUUUGUUGGUUCACAGAAGUCAGUUUAAGUUGGUUAGUGUGGAAGCUGAAUUCUGAUGAUAUGAUGAAAAAAAAAAGAUCUUGUCAUUUUAUUGAGAAACUUUCUUGAAAUAAUGACUUAUAAUGAUCAUUCAAGGCUUAAAGUGCUCAGGCAUAGAGCAGUUUUCAGUUCAAAUAUGACUUAAAGGUUCUGCACACGACAUUAGAACAUUAUUAUACCUCUAAACAACAGUACAUGUAAAGAUAAAGUGGAGUAAAGGCGUCCCGACCAGAGAAUGAAGUCACGCUAUUUCCCUUCAACAAACUGUUGGUAGCUGGUCCGGCUGUGGGUUUAGGUUAGAGCAUGUGAGUCCCUGAGUGUGUCCCAUUCCAACCCAAGAGAGUGAUACAUGGAUAUAUAUUAUAAGAACUGAACUGCGUUCCUCCACUCAGCCUUUGCAAACAAGUUUUCCCCCCAGUGGUUAUUCACAGAAUUUCCCCCUGCAGCCCUGAGAGCAUUUCUCUGUAAAACUGUGCAAACUGCAAACAAGCCCAAUUAUGUCUUUUUUAUCCAUGAAGGUUUUAUGUUUUCUAAAAUUUUCCUCCAGCUCAGAAACACUGUUGCACAUUUUCAGUAAAGCCAGAAGUCUGAAAAUGUUUUUCCAUAUGCACCAGACGAGCAGUUCUCAGUGGAAAUGUAAAACUGUCUAAAUUAAGUUUCCUCACACUAUAUAAUAUUUAAAGUCUUUGGACAACGCUUAAAUAUUUGCGGAUAUCACAAAGUCUCAGUUAGAUUUAUACCAACUCACAAAAACCAACUGAAAUAUGAUUUGAGCUCUUCCAGACAUUUAAAGCAAAAAUAAUAUUUUUAAUGACCAGAAUAAAUUCAAAGUGGGCAUUUAAAAUAAAGACGUAUUUUAAACAUGAUACUCUGUAUCAAUAUUUUCACUUUGAUGAUAUGCAGGCGAUUGAUAUCCUCUGAAUGUUAUGUAAAGCCACUUUAAUUCAAUAUAUAUUUCAAAUCUCAAAAUAAAUUUUUUUUUUACUUUUGAAGACUUUGGUAUGGAGACAUAGCUUUCUCAAAAUAAUGCCUUUGUAUUUAAAAAUAUGAAUUUCUAAAGUUAAAAAGCUCUUUAUUCUGAGAUACUAAAUUACUAUAGCAAGAAUGUUUUCAACAAAGUGACUUAUGGGAUUUUUUUCCUUUUCAUCACGUUAUUUAUUUUUCUUUAACAGUUUGACCUGGAAGCUGAUUUCAACCAGUGAGAGCCUGAAAAUGUGCCUGUUUCUGUCAAACUCCUAAAGAAAUGAAUCAGAUUAGUAGUAAACAUAUUCUGUUCAGAGAUGUAAAGUCUGAGGAAGAACUAGAGGGCUGAACAUAAAGAUGCUUUUUUAAAAUCCACUACUUGUUUACAGCACAAGCAGGUAAAUGUGUUAAAGUCAAGAACGUGACAAAUCUUUACGUACGUGGUUUUGAUCAAGCAUCUGCAAGACGACGAAAAUAAGGCUGCAACUUUUCCCAUUAGAGAUUUUUCUUAUUCUGUUGAUAAAUCUUUGAAUUGUUUCGUCUUUAAAAUGUCAGAAUGAACUUUAUUUGGGACUAAGUUACAAUUUAAAAUCCUUUGCAUGGAAAAGAAAAGGACAUUUAGAUAUGGUUUACAGGAUUAAAAUAAAACAAAACAAAAGAGAACAAAAAAGAUAAAACAGGAGAAUAAAAAUGAGAAGACAUAGAUAAAAAGUCCUAAGUUUUAAAUAAUAUCUAAAUUUAAACUAAUUUAUUCACAAAGAGCGUUUAUUAAUGAAAACAACAUCUGUUGUGGUAUUUUGCUUCUACGAUCCGAUUUGCAAAAGUAAAAGUAACUCUGUCCAUAUACAGCUUUGGAAGUACAGCUUUACUCAAGUGUUUGUUUUCUACUCCAUUACAUUUUAAAGGGAACAUAUUGCGCUUUUUAACUUUUCAUCAGACGGCAAUAGUUAUGAAUUAUUCUUGCAGAUUGUCAUGCAAACAUAUACUGAAAAACAUUGCAUUUUUUUCUGUGAAAAAGGUUGUUUUUUUGUUUUUUUUCAAGUAAUUUAGUCCAGAAAUUAGAAAAAAAUCUACUUUUUCAAAGCUCUUGUGAAGUAAUCUGCCUUAUUCUCUGUUGUCUCAAGAGACGAACACUUGUUGGUGAAACAGACUCAAAUAUUCUCACUGCAAAAGGAUAUUUUAGGACUCAAUGACAGACAGAAAUGUCUUCAUAUGAAAGAAGUUUGUAGAGAUUAAACACCUUAUAAAAUAAAAUAACUUCCAACAUAGCUGACACAAUACAGCAUAUAUAACACUGACAGGGACCAUUCAGCAUAAUGAGAACUUAAAUUUACUUUUUUAUUUUUUAAAUGUAAGGGCUUUGACAUGGAAUGGAGGAAUUACUAAUUCUUCCACCACUGGAACGUCUAUUUUCACAGAGGGAAUUAGGAGAUGAUUUUUAAUUUAAUUUAAUUUUUUAACCUUUUUCCACCCUGCUGUCUUAAAAGUACUUUUAAUUUUCUUUUAGCUUCUGUUUUUGUUGUGGUAACACACGCACCUUCUCAUUUUGUUUUUGGUCUGAAAGUCGAUCCAUCCACCAGUUAUGGUUCUGUGGCUCGAAUGUGUUUUUAUUCAGAUAAGCAGAGUUAUCUUCUGAUUUUUACUGGUUGAAACUGUGAGUAUUAUCAGCCAGAAAAGUGUCUCUUAGUCUGGAAACCAUUCAGAAUGAAUCAGAAAAAAGACACCCACUCAAAGAGAAAUGUGGUCAUAUAACAUAACAUGUUGCUGAAUGUUCAUCACCACACCAAUCUUAUAAAUAUACCCGUUUUGUACAAUAUGCUGUUAAGGAUUAAAAAAAACAUUUUUUAUGUCAACUUUCCUUGACAAACCCAUUGUGAAUACACGUUCCUCUUCCUGUCUCAAAUAAACUGGAGGUGUUGCUGUGUUAGGACAGAUGAAGAGGUGGAGUUUAACCCAUGACGACAAUCUGUUUUUGUACACAGAUUCCCUCUUUUGGUUUGGUAUUCAUGUCGACAUAGAAACAUGUAUUCUGUAUUGAAAGAAAAUGUAAUAAACAUUUUAUGCUCUUUUCAAAA